CAACCAUUCAAAGAUUAAAAAAAACUAUCAUGGCAAAAAAAACUCAAGCCAGAACUGUCUUUCUAUUAUUGCUGUCCCUCCUCCUCUUCCCAACUCUCCUGAAAACCACCGAGGCCCGCCGCGGCGGCAUAGGCGUAUACGUUAUCGGCGUAGAAGACCUCACCGCAGUCUGCGCCACCGGAAGAUUCGCCUAUGUCAACAUUGCAUUCCUCGACAUAUUUGGCAACGGCCAAACCCCUUCACUCGCCCAGCCCAACCAAUGCAACACCACCACCAAUGGUUGCACCAUCAUUACCAACCAAAUCCGGCACUGCCAAAGGAAGGGUAUCAAAGUGAUGCUCUCCAUCGGCGGCAACGUUGGAGACUACUCUCUUUCUUCCAAAGCCGACGCAAAAAAUGUUUCCCUGUAUCUAUGGAACAACUACUUAGGUGGAUUCUCACCGAAUCGCCCUUUCGGUGCUGCUGUUUUGGACGGUAUAGAUUUCUACAUCAAGCAAAGUUUCGAUCUGUAUUGGGAUGAUCUUGCCCGCUAUCUACAUGGUUUUAGCAAGUGCGGAAAGAAGAAGGUGUACUUAUCGGCUGCCCCAGGGUGUGGGUACCCCGAUUCUUCCUUAGGGAAGGCUCUUAAAACAGGCCUUUUUGACUUUGUUUGGGUACUGUAUUAUACCACUCUUGAUCUUAAUUUUUCAUGUAUGUACCUUGGUGGAAAUAAUACUAGUAAUUUGUUGAAUUCAUGGGCCCUGUGGACCAAGUCAGUAAAAGCUCGAAAGUUUUUCUUGGGAUUGGUGGUAGUGCCGCGCCCGCCUGAUACCGAAGUUAUUCCGGGCGGAUUUAUUCCCGUCGACGUGUUGACGAAUCAGGUACUCCCGGUGGUAAAGAAGUCGAGAAAGUAUGGGGGUGUGACGCUUUGGAAUUCAUUUUUUGAUGAGGAUGAGGGGUAUAGUACCGCCAUUUUGAGUAGUGUUGUUUGAUAAUAAAAAAAACGUGAAGUAUUUAUUGUGUUUUUGGUUUUGCCAGUUUGUUGUAAGAGAAGAAUCAAUAAUGUGUGCACUGGUUUGAACUCUGAACUACUGCUUGAUUUGUUUCGCCCAGUUUUGGUCUAAUAAAACUGUAGACUAUGUUCUUAUUGUUUU